UUUAUAUUUAAUAUGUUAUAAAUGUGCAUGCAUAUAACAUAUUACGGGUAUCACCUUAUCAAUUUAAUAUCACCGACAGUACUUGAACUGCAUGUGUAGGGAGCAGAGUACCUCUUUAACAUGAUACUUCAGCAAUUCGGCGACUCAGCGUGCAUACUGCAUAUAGGUACCGCUUAUACUAUAACCCUGUACCGCUUCUGUUUUGUUUUUUUGUAACGACGCUUUUUAUAAAUUCUUUUUUUAUUUAUUACUUUAGUUACUUUAGGUAUACGCCUAUACCAACUCCGCGUCGCAUUAUAAUAAAUACGAGUACUUGAGUUUAAAUAAAAAUCCAUUGCGGUUUUGAAAUCAUUAAAAUGCCAAAUAUAUAUAACAUAGAAACAUUAGGAACCCAAUUGCAAGGUCUUUAGACCAGCAAAUUAAACUCGAAAUAUGAUUUCGUUAGUAUACAAUAUAGUAGGUACCUAUAAUAUUUUUUUAAUUUCGUAUGUGGUAUGUCCAAUAGGUAUAGUAUGAAUGAAUAUACUAACAUUUUUACAUUUGGGCAUACGAAUUGACGGGUUAUGAAGUAGCGUCAAUAAUAAUUUUCUUUUUUUUCAGAUCGAUACUAUAAUAUACCCUUUUUCACUUGCUGUCCACCUCGUCACGCCGUUCUGUAGUAUAUUAUAUACAUAUAUAAUAAUGUAGGUAUAGUCUCUCACUCUAUUCGAAUCGAUUUUACCGUUUGAUCUCAUUAAAAUUGUAUGGACGAAAAGACGUAAACUUUAAUUCCUACAACCACCCACUCUGGUUAAGUUUUUAAAUAUUUUAGACGUUCGAAGUCUGUAACGAUAACUUUGCGUUUAUACCCUAUAUAUACUGUAUAGGGUCACGCAUCAUGUCUAUAUUAUAUUACAUAUUUUUCGUACAACAAUAAUAAUAACAAGAUAAAAAAAUUAAUUACGUAGGUAUGUUAAUAUAAAGUUAUAAAUAUACUAUUAAUGUAUACAUUAUUAAUUACCUAUAGAUAGAGAGAACGGUUUUGUCGUCGUUCGAUUACAAUUAAGGAUUUAGGAUUAGUUUUUAUUUUUUGUAUAAAAGUACCUGUAAGCGGAUCAAUUUUCAGUCGGUCGUCACUCGUUUGCUAUUUCGCCGCCGCGUCGUAUAGAGUCGCCGCCGCGAGUCGUCCCUCUGAGUCAGACGCGGAAAGACCGCCGGGUGAGAACGGUUAUAUUUUAUAGGUACCUACCACUAACACGGUUACACAUCACUCGUAGCUGCAAAAAUGCAAAAUGCAGACUCGACCGAAGUCAUCGACUUGGCCAAUCACGUCGACACUUCCAGAACUGUGGACCAAAGACAUCGCAUAAUCGGAGCCGAAGACAGCGCGCCAACCGAUCCAGGUGUAUGCGGUAAAUUCAUGACGGGUUGUGCUUGGGCGCUUGUCGUUGUCACGUUCCCGUUUUCUCUGUUCGUCUGUUUCAAAGUAGUUCAGGAGUACGAACGAGCCGUAAUAUUUCGCCUGGGACGUCUGAUGUCGGGCGGGGCGAAAGGGCCGGGUAUUUUCUUCAUUUUGCCCUGCAUUGACAACUACGCGCGUGUCGACUUGAGAACACGCACUUACGACGUGCCACCACAAGAGGUAUUGACCAAAGACAGCGUAACGGUGUCGGUGGACGCCGUGGUCUAUUAUCGGGUGUGCAACGCUACGAUAUCGGUAGCCAAUGUGGCCAACGCUCAUCAAUCUACUAGGUUGUUGGCUCAAACCACGUUGAGAAACGUCUUGGGCACCAGGCCGUUGCAUGAAAUCCUCAGCGACCGAGAUGCCAUAUCUAAGACCAUGCAAGUGUCACUGGACGAGGCCACCGAGUCGUGGGGCAUCAAAGUAGAACGGGUGGAAAUCAAGGACGUGAGAUUGCCAGUUCAGUUGCAGAGGGCAAUGGCUGCCGAAGCUGAGGCGGCCCGAGAAGCCCGAGCUAAGGUCAUCGCAGCUGAAGGUGAACAAAAAGCAUCGAGAGCUCUCCGCGAAGCUUCAGAAGUCAUAAGUGAAUCUCCGGCUGCUCUACAACUCAGAUAUCUACAGACAUUAAACACAAUAUCAGCUGAGAAGAAUUCUACAAUCGUAUUCCCACUGCCAAUCGAUAUUAUUUCAUUUUUUACGAGACCGCGAGAACCGCGAGAACCACGAGAAUCACGAGAAUCACGAGAACAACGAGAACAACGAGACCAUCGAGAUCCAACAAAAUCAGAUUUGCAAAAUCUCAGCAGUUAGAUGUACACCCAUCACACCCGUUAAGAAUUAAAUUAACUUAUGUGAAUCAAUGACGUUCUUCAUACUUAUUAAGGUGGCUGGAGCGUGACGUGUUUUAAGGAGUAAUAUUUAGGAAUUUCAUAUAGCUUCAUGUAUUUGAGCUGUAUUACUGUGUGAGAAGUAAAUGGGUGUUUUCGUGUUUAAUUUCGUAAAAUUCAUUAUCGAGUACCGGGCACUGUCAGCAUAUAAAUUCGCACUCGGAGGCACAUGUAAAAAAUACAGAUUUUAUCAAAAUACGCCAUGCAAGUCAAAUGACAAAAUGCCAAAAAGCUAGAUAAAAUUGAAGGACUUGGAUUCGAAGGGAUUUUCAUCCUGAAAAUGGAUACUAAUUAUUAGUCAUCGUGUUAGUUAGGGAAUGGCCGAGGGGAUUUUAUUUAUUCAAAUUCUUUGAUAGAAUAUCGUCAAUUUAAAAAAUAAGAAGUUUGGUAUUUUAUAUGAUUAAUUUUUGUGAUAAUGAUAAAUUGCCUCGACUAUGCUUUAGUAGAGUUAUUGAAGAUUUUCAAUUAGUUUUCAAAAUUAAAAAUCCGUCAAACCCAAGUCCCAUCGUUUUUUCUAGCUUUUGGUCUGUUUGACGUGAUUAUUUGUAUCUGCUCCAGCCCCCUAAUGUAUUAUAUUUAUCAAUAUAUUCAUAAUAUAAUAUAUACCAGCCGGCAUUGAUUUACUUCUUAACGAUACAGAAAAUAUUUAAAGACAGUGUAUCUAUUAUAGUUAUUAUACGUAGAAUUAAAAUAUUAAUCAAGUUAUAAAAUAUUUGAUAUUUAUUGUUUAUUUUCCAUAAAAUUUAAGUUGAUACCUAAUAUCUGAACUUAAGUUGUAUUUAAUUAUUAUUACUAAAAUAAUCGAAGGGGUGGGUAAGUGUUGGCAAUAGGCUAUUUAGUUAUUGCUAUUUGCUUUAUUCAUAAUUCAAUUGUUUUGAAACUAAAUACUAACAAUUAUUCACCAAUUACUGUAAUAUGGAAUAAUAUUAUAUUAUACUAUAUUUUAUAGUUUUAAACCAUUGUCAUCAUAAAUGAUUGUACCGAAUAAUGAUGUAUGCGAAUAUGCAAUUAGACAACUAGUGUGGGCGGAAAACUUUACUCGGAGCUUACAAUAAUAUUAUGAAAUAAGUAUAAGAUAUGAUUACGGACGACUAUAUAGUUGUAUUUGGUUUUAUUAAAAUAUUAUAAUAUGAAUUUAUGACAUCUAACAAAAUGCACACAUUUCAUUAAAACUCCCUUAAACGUAAGAUUGUAUAAUUUAUUGAUGUAUUUAAAUAUUUUACCAAUUACAAUGUGCUUAAAAAUAACUUUUGAUAUUUUCAUUUUCAAUUAACUGGUUUUAUCUUAUUGCAUAAUUCCUUUGCACGUCUCUGAAGAUGCGCUGCACUAUACACAGGGCUUGUAAAGAAUACUUUAAAAACGUAUUUGAGUUGUCAAAUACUUUUUUUCUAAAAUCUUAAUAUACUACCUACUCAAAUACUUUUACUAUACUAAU